GAAAGAACCAGCAUUGUGGGAGAGGUAGGUGCCGCCUCUGGUGGCGCUCUCCAAAUGGAGCGGGCACCCUACACACCAGGUCCUGGUGGAGAUGCCGCGCCUGGCGCUAGAGGUCCUGGUAACCGACUGCUUCAGUUCACCCUCACUAUACCUUUCCCCUCGGCCAUGGAUGCGGAGAUUGCCCACAGGUUCCUGACUCCAAACGAGGAGCUCCAGGAGCCAGUUCGGGAGGAGCUCCAUGUGAACGGCAGCAUCCUGACUGUCCGCUUGACUGCCGAUGACCCUGGCCAGCUCCAAAUGUCCAUCACCUCCUGUCUUGGCCAGCUUUCCCUAGUGAUACGGGCCAUGCAGAUCAUCAUGCCCCCCUUUUUCACAAAGCCGCAGCAGUGAAAAGGUGGCUGGACCCAACUCUGUGUCCCCCCCACAUGACAGUGAUUCCUGCAGCAGCUGCCGUUUUCUUACUGAGGCCGCAUCUUUUGCCUAUACUGGCCCUUGGGUGCUUCAGAUCCACAUUUUUUUUUUUUUUUUUUUUUUUUUGGUGAU